CUGUCAAAACAGGUAAAAACACACCAAUUGUUUACCGGUUGCACCACACUCUACGUCAACAUUUGCUUGCAGAAAAUAUGAACAGAUGAAUUCAUAUAAAGAUGGGUGUGAAAAGAAGAUGGUUGCUUAUAAAAGUAACUGGACUAGUCGUAGUGUUAAUGCUAGUUUUGCAUGGACCGUUUUUGGACUCAAUGUUCAAAUUUCAAAUAAACCUGUUCCCUAAUACUCUAUUAGUAUCACAUAAUAAAAGGGAAAACAUCUUGCUAAAUGGAAAACAAUAUCCUGAUAGCCAUUCUAGUCUUAUUAGACUGCAUGUUGCUCAAAAGUUGCAUGACACCAGCGCUGAUGUAGAACCAUGUCCUCUACCUUACGCGACUAAUACAUUGAAGGUUCCUGAUGAAAUGCCCACGCAAUGCGUGCGUAUCCAGCCAGACAGAGACUCAUGUCUAGUUGCAACCGAAAUAUUUGGUAUCCUUGGUGAUACACACGGGAUUUGUCAACAGUUUAAAACUGGAGAUCACUGCCAUUUGAAGGAAAGCCUCGGACAGUGGAACGUUUAUUGCAACGGAACAUGCAACUUGGGUUGGAACUUCGGUACUAUCGACAUUCAAACAGGAGCCACGAUAUGGACAGAGGUUGCUAACACAACCGAGUUGCAAUAUCGUGUGUUGUCUUUAAUUAACAAACCGAAUGUAGGCUUCUGUCUGAUAGCAUGUGGAGAACAAAACAAACUACCUACUGCCUUGUCAGAUCGCUUUUCGUAUAAUUAUGACACAAAUUACGUUCCAUAUCAGCCUCAGAUACUGACACUUCCACAUAUGGUGCCGACCAAAGUGAAACAUCCAAAUCAAAGGUCGAACACAACGAAAAAAGGAUCAGUUAAUUUCAACUUCAUUCUCUUAGACUCGGUCUCCAGACAUCAUUUCUUUCGAAUGCUUUCUAAAACGCUCAAUGUUCUUAACAGCAUCAACAUAUUUCAGGCGAAACACAGUCAUAUUUUCCUUGAUUUUGAACUCGUUCAAGGUGUUAGGUCAAGGACGUUUGAAACCCUUCAAGCUCUAUUUAGCGGUGAAAUCAACCCGUAUUCUAAGCCAUUUGGGACGCAGGCUAUGCCAAAAGAAAAACUGAACAUAGGCUCACUUCUUCGACCGUUGAAACGUUUGGGAUACAACACCCUAUGGCUUGAAGACUUGUGUCCAUUAUGGGAAUGGGGUAUUUCGAAAGAUUUGCUGGUGUAUAAUAAAACAUUAGAUUUUCAGGAACUCUGGAAGAGAUUGCAGCGCGAGGUUAAGGCAUCUGGAAUUGAUAGCCUAGGAAACACAUUGAGUAGUUGUAAGAUUUUGCACGAAAACGGCGUCCCCGAUCCUUUUCAUGGCCCCGACCAGAUUUGUUAUAACGGAAAGCAUCACCACGAUUACCUGUUCGAAUAUUUGAAAAUGUACCAUGACCGUAUGCAAAUGUCUUCUGAGAAUUUCUUCACAUUCGCGGAAUCAAACCAAGGCCACGAGGACUCGGGCAUUCGGGUAAAAUAUCUGGACACGACUUUAGCAGAACAUGUUCGAUUUGCUCUGGGUCGCAAAUCAACAAUGACCAUAAUUUUCUCCGACCAUGGCAAUGCAUAUGGUCCAUAUGUAAAGGAUACAUUUGAGGGGAGACUUGAAACGUUUCAUCCUUUUCUCUUUAUGAUCGUCCCGAAAGAACUAAAGCAUUUGUUGACAGAAUCUCAGAUGAACGCUUUAAUUGUAAAUCAGAAAAGAUUGAUAAGCAUUCUGGAUUUACAUUACACGCUUACCUAUAUUAUACAUUAUGUAAUCUCAAUGAAAGGAGAAUCUUAUAAUUUUAAAGUCACAGAAUUUAACAAACAGUUUAACGUCACAGAGAGGGGAUUGUUGGAGGAGAUAUCGCCACAACGAACCUGCAGCAAUCUGCCAAGAAUUAUGCCCAACCUUUGUAUUUGCAAAGGUUAUGACAUUGCAGCAGCAAGUGCGGGCUAUCACUACGUUCUUGCUCAGUAUUUUGUGGGUCAAAUGAAUAACGAAAUUCUUCGUCAGAGGAAGGAAGGACAACGUAUGUUAGGCUCAAUGUCUGCAGGGGGCUUUGGAAGGUGUAAGCGUCUACGCGUGUCUGCCAUUAAAAAUGUACAGGAAAGCAAAAUAAACGAUCAGAGGACCCAGGUGAAAAUGGAUUUAUAUGUUGAAGCAACGGGACAGCAGCCCUCGGAGGUGUUCUUCAUCACGCUAUAUCGGGACCCCAUGUCCAUCACCACUGGGCCGUACGAGCGAACUACGCCCUACAGCCCAUAUACCCAGUGUGCCGACACAGGGGUUAAGGUGAAUCUUUGCAUAUGUGAUAAGAACGUUGCUUCCGAGGAACUCACCAACUCGGCUUCGCAUACUAUCGGACCUGAAAAGUUCAAGGGACGCUUUUCUAAACCUGAAACUAAUUUUAAAGCAACUUACCGUUAUAUGGAAAAUAACCCGACAGCAUUUUCAAAACAGAAAUCACAAGUGAAUUUAGAUGAUAGGAGUUAUGAUUUAAAUUUCAAUUUGAGGAACAUUAGUACUUUUCUAUCGACGUAUAAAACAAAGGCAUUAAAAAUAAGUUUGCACACGUAUACUUUGGAUAAUGUCGAUUGUCUGGUGAUGUUUAAACAAUUCAACUCAGCCGGGGCGUCUUUUGAAGUCGCAAAUAUGUGUGACAGGGAUGUGGCCGUUACCUAUGUAGCUCAAAGCCGAAAUGUGAUUCUAAUGAAGGGCGGUGAAUAUAAUAUUAACCUCAUGGUGGGUGACGUUGUACAUGUAUUAUCAGCGGUUGUACGAGAUAACAGAAAAGUAUGGAAUUGCGACGUUCUUAUGAAAGUAACCUGAAUAUGAAGCUGUAUCGAUAAUUAUAUGGAGUUUAGGUUGUAUUGAUUUACGUUUGGGUUUAUUUAUUUAUUUAUUUAUUCGUGUUACAAACUGAAUGAACGGAGUAUUAUGCUGCACACAUGAAAAUCAUCAAUUGUUAGACAUUAUCUUGCAAAAAUCUCUUAAAAUACAUAAACUUUAUAGAAAAGUUUCCCUAGUUGACCCGCAUUAUGCAAAAAUGGGUCUUAUGACAUAUGCUGAUAGCCUAUUUUAAGCUCAGCAUGUGUCAUCACACAGUCUAGUCUGGUCAGGAGCUGCCAUGUCCGCUAAUGAGACCGCGAAACCUUGCGUUACAUUUUUUCUUGCGGACUGUAAUUCCUGACCAGAUUGGACAUAGCAUUAGACCCAUUUUUGCAUUACGCCGGUCUUAAAGUGCUGACCUGUCCCGUCGUUAACAUCAAAAUACAAAAGCAAAGUUUUUAUAACAAGUAUUGUAAUCACGUUUGAUUCUGCUUGUAUGUAAUUCAAACAAUGUUCUUAUAUACACUAUAUUGUAUGUUAAAUAAAACAAGGAGCGGGCAGCGUAAAAAUAAGCCGUAAUAUGUAGCGUAGAAUCUAAACUUGUUUUGAAAUGUUUGGCACCUUACGAAGAAUGAAUGUUAUUACCUUCAUUGGUUAUAUUUAUACAAAUACUCUUUUAGACAUAGGUUUAUUCUGUUCAAAAUGAGAUAACCAGUGUGAUAAUACGUUCUUCGCAUUGAAAAAUUAUGUCUGUGAACACUUACAUUUUGUAUAUACAUUUUUAAUAUGUCUAGAUAUCUAGUAUUUUCAUUAUUGUUGUUGGGGAUACGUUUUUGUGGGUUUGUUUACACGUUUAUUUAUGUACAUAUCUGAUCAGCUGUUGCACUUUGUUCAGGGAAAAGUGUGGUCAGUGGGCAUUGUAUGUCGUUUAAUCCUGAUUCACAAGUAACAUAUCAUAUAGAUUUGAGCCAGGCUUAUGAAAAACUGACAAUAUGCAUGCGCCUAAAGAAUCGUCCCAGAUUAGCAUGUGAAGCCCACACAGGCUAGUCAGAGAUUCGCCUUGACUAGACGUUAUUUAUUUUUUACAAAUUAUGUCAUUAUGUAAAGUGACAGUGAAUGUAAAAAGCUCAGCAACCUUCACUCUAUCCGGUUAUAUUGUCAAUACCCAAAGUUUCUAUUUUACUACCGAUUGUUGUGUUGUUGUUUCUAAAUUAAAACAUGCGUUUUUUUCUCAUUUAUCAAGCCCAUUCUAUUAUUUAUGAAUGUGGCUUGUUUAAGCUAUUCUGAUCACAUUUACCGCCAUAUCGUUUUUUCCAUUACUGUACUAUACAGUACUGUACAUGUGGGAAUAAAAAAUGAAGUCAA